AUGCCCAUGUACGAGAUAGAACACAUCGCGCCCCUGACGCAGAUCCAGAAGGACGCCCUCGCGCAGGCCAUUACGGAGAUCCACAGCAGCAAGUUCACGACCCCGAGGAUAUUCGUCAACGUCAAGAUCACGGAUGCCAGACAGCAGGUCACCUACGUGGCCGGAAACGCCCGUCCUUCGAACCGCAUAACAGCUCAUGUUCGCACGUCCGCGUCCCGGACGCAGGAGGACUUCAACCAGCUCUGCAACAACAUCCACGUCGCCUGGUCCAGCAUAGUGCACCCGGGACACCCCACCAAGCCGCCGGCAGACCAGGAGCUGAGGGCCGUCUUCAUCUUCGGGGACAUAGUCGCGGGGUGGGAGGCCGGUUUCGCGAUCCCGAGUGCUGGGCAGGACGCGCAGUGGGCGAGGGACAACCUCGAGGCGUUCAAGGAGAAGGCCCGGGCCGGGGAUGAGGAUUUCGAAGACCUGGUCCACGAACUGAGCACGCGGGAGGAGUUUCAGCAAAGCGGUUCGGUUGAGUUGCUCAAGUGA